GAUGAGGAGAAUGAGAAAGAGAAAAAGUUAUAUGAUUGCGGAGGUAAUAAUAAUGGUGGGGGGCAAUACCUAAUAGGGUGCUGAUUCAAAAGCUCUGAACAGAGAGAGAGAGAAAGAGAGAGAUGAGAGACAUAGAAAGAGAAAGAACAUUCUGAAGUUGGUUGGCUUUUUCUGUUUGUGUUGCUUCUGUGGCUGUCAAACAAGACUUAACAGCUCAUCUUUUUUCUUUCUCAAAUGGGUGGUCCUUUCAGUUUUGUUUGUCUUGUUUCUGUUUCUUCUUUUCUUUCUCUUUCUCUUCUCUUCAUUCAUAAUACUGAGUGUUUCUAGUUUCUACUCAUAUUUAUGUUUAUGCUUUGAACCUCUUUGCUUUUGUUUUUUUGGUGCUUAGCUUUAAUUUUGUUUCUCCAUGUUUGGUCUCUUCUUUCUAAAUUGACAUGCAUUCAGAUUUUGUGAUCUCUUUGAUUUGAUUAGCUUCCUUCCACUUUCAACUUUUUUUUUCUCCCCUUAUCUUCUUUAUCUUCUUCUACUUGUCAUUGUUUUCCACUCUUUGUCCUUAAAUUUCUUCUUUGGGUCUCUUAAUUAAUUAAUUCCUCAACAAUAUUUGUUCCCUCAUAAAGAGAAGAAACGUUACCAGCUUCAUAGAGAUAUUAAUGCUUUUCCCCUUCAGGUGCAUGGCUUCAAUGGGGGAACACAACUGAAACGUGUCACGCAUAUAAUUGGUUACUUGCUUCUCUACCAUUUCAUUCGAAGCCAAAGAAAAAAGAAAACUGCUUUCCUCGUGUUGUUCAAAUCCGUUCUCAUUUGUUGGGAACAACAACAAGGCAAGAAAAGAAGAAAAAGGCAAAUGUCUAGAUUCAUAGAUAUAAAUAUUUAACAUGGGGUUGGGCGGUGCUGUCAGUUUUAGGCAAGUGGGGGUGUCUCGCAUUUCAUGUAUUUAUGUAUAAAUAUAUAUAGAUACAGUUUUGUUCUUUCUUUUUUUUUUUGGAGAUGGUUAGUUUCGGUUGGCAAAUGUCUUAGUUUUUGUUAACUUGUUUCGUUGAGUCUAAAAUAAACUAUCUUUGGUGCCUCGAUUUGUGGGAAAAGAGAUUCGAUCUCAAUAGGAAAUCUUUUCUUUUAAUCGAGUUGAGUGGUUUUUGGCUUUCACAGCCUUAGUAGGGAGAGAAAAGCUUAGUAAGAUGAAGUUUAUGAAGCUUGGUUCUAAGCCAGAUUCUUUUCAGAAUGAUGGUGAUAAUAUAAGGUAUGUAGCGACCGAGUUAGCAACAGACUUAACGGUUAAAGUUGGAGAUGUAAAUUUUUAUCUCCAUAAGUUUCCUCUUCUAUCGAAAAGUGCACGCAUUCAGAAGCUUAUUACAAACCCAGAAGAGAACAAUGAUGAAGUCCAUAUCCAUGACAUUCCUGGAGGACCUGCUGCAUUCGAAAUCUGUGCUAAGUUCUGCUACGGUAUGACAGUCACUCUGAAUGCCUACAAUGUCGUCGCGGCUCGCUGCGCUGCAGAGUAUCUUGAGAUGUACGAAACUGUUGAGAAGGGAAAUCUUAUCUAUAAGGUCGAUGUCUUUCUCAACUCGAGCAUUUUCCGGAGUUGGAAAGACUCAAUCAUUGUUCUUCAGACCACCAAGUCUCUUCUUCCGUGGUCUGAAGAACUUAAGAUAGUGAGUCACUGCCUCAACUCGAUAGCUUCCAAGGCUUUGAUUGACACAUCUAAGGUGGAGUGGUCAUAUACUUAUAACAGGAAGAAGCUACCAUCCGAAAAUGGCAAUGGUAACGAUUCGCCUUGGAAUGGCGUGAGGAAACAACAGAUGGUUCCAAAGGACUGGUGGGUGGAAGACCUUUGUGAGCUCAAACUCGAUCUCUAUGAACGCGUCGUGAAGACGAUUAUAAGUAAAGGCAAUGUCUCAGGCUAUGUAAUUGGAGAAGCGCUUAAUGCUUAUGCCUCAAGAAAGCUUCCUGGUUUCAACAAAGGUCUGAUCCAUGGCGAUACGGCAAAGAAUAAAUUGUUGUUGGAAACUAUCAUUGGACUAUUGCCACCGGAUACAAGAAGUAUCCCAUUCGGUUUCUUGCUUAAGCUGUUAAGAGCAGGCAUUCUGUUGGAAUGCCAAGAGUCGGAGCGAUCAAAAUUAAUGAAGAGAGUAGGUCAUUGUCUUGAGGAGGCAAAGGUGGCUGAUCUUUUGAUUCGUACCCCUGUUGGCGAAGCAAUUUUCAAUGUUGAUACCGUGCAAAGGCUAGUUGAAGAGUUCAUCAUUGCAUGCGAGCAUGAUGGUGAGGCUGAUUCUCUGUUGGAAGAUGAAUUGCAGGAUAUGAAAAGCACUCGGAUUAUAUCAGAUACUGCAAAGAUUAAGGUUGCAAAACUGGUGGAUGGAUAUCUUGCUGAGAUUGCUCGCGAUCUGAAUUUGCCUCUCGCUAAAUUCAUUCAUCUUGCUGAGUUAGUUUCAAGCUUCCCAAGAGCAACUCACGACGGAAUUUAUCGCGCCAUCGAUAUGUAUUUGAAGGAACAUCCUGAAAUCAGCAAGAGCGACAAGAAAAGGAUCUGUAGGCUAAUGGACUGCAGGAAGUUAUCGGCAGAAGCCUGCAUGCAUGCCAUACAGAACGAGAGGCUUCCGAUGCGCAUUGUCGUGCAGGUUCUCUUCUUCGAACAGCUAAGAGCUACAUCGUGCUCAGAAGGCAAUAGCACACCGGAUCGUGCAGGAUCUAUGAGGUCUUCGCUUCCAAGUGGAUCGCACGAGAGCUCGAGGUCUAUUACAACCAAUACAGAAGAGGAGUGGGAGGAAGCUCUGAAAUUCUCAGGUGAAGGUAGCAGAAGGAGCAGCAAUGAUAGUAACAAAACCAAUAAUAAUAAUAAUAAUAAUGAGAGAGUUGGUGCUAAUAAAAUGAAGGGUCUAAUGUCAAAGAAAAUAUUGUCUAAGAUUUGGUCAAGCAAAGAUAGAAGUGGUGAGAUAACUAGUGAUGAUACAUCAGAAAGCCCUGCUUCUACAGUUGCUGAAGAAACAAAAUCUACACCUUCUAGAAGUAGGAGGCACUCAGUGUCUUAAUCUUAGAGCAGGAUUAUUGGAAGCUCUAACAUUCUUGAAUUGUUGUAUAAUGAUCUCACUCAACUCAUGUAGCGUUAGGAGUUAGAGCUUUUACUUAAUUACUGACAUGUAACAUCUAUGUAUCUUCAAUGGAUAAAGAAUGAAGCAUGAAGAAAAAGGUCUAAAUUCGCGUGUGAACAUUU